AUGAAAAACAACAAAGCAUUUAGGAAUGUUGAGUAUCAAUGCGUUCAUGCAUGUGUAUCACUCAACUCUAAGAACACACGAAAGAUGGGCGACCUCUUCUCGGGGCUGAACGACGGGCUGCUGAGCCGCGCCGAGGCGCUGGCGGCCGUGGACAUCGGCAAGCACCAGGCCAGCUCCACGCCCGGCCUGCCGCAGCUCAAGCACGACAUGAUGUACCACCACGGCAUGGGCGCCCCGCACCCGGGCGCCGCCAACACCCGCCCGCACCAGAUGGGCCACCACGGCAUGGACGGCCUAGACAUGCUGGACCCCAUCAGCUCGUCCACCAUGACGACGCUGGCGCCCAUGUCGGACGGCAGCGGCGGUGGACACGGCACGCACCACCCUCAGCUGCACGGCCCGUCGGUGUACGGCCCCACGGCGGCCGCCAUGAACAGCAUGAUGGGCGGCCACCAUCACCACCACCACCACGGCGGCCCGCUCUCCACGCACGGGCCGCCGGGCCACCACGGCCCGCACCACCCGGCGCACCCGGCCGCGCACCACCCGGCCAUGGCAGCGGCGGCGGCGGCGGCUGCAGCGGCGGGGCUGCACCCGGACUCCGACACCGACCCGCGCGAGCUGGAGGCCUUCGCCGAGCGCUUCAAGCAGCGCCGCAUCAAGCUGGGCGUGACGCAGGCCGACGUGGGCAAGGCGCUCGCCAACCUCAAGCUGCCCGGCGUGGGCGCGCUCUCGCAGUCCACCAUCUGCCGCUUCGAAUCGCUCACGCUCUCCCACAACAACAUGAUCGCGCUCAAGCCCAUCCUGCAGGCGUGGCUGGAGGAGGCCGAGGCGCAGGCGAAGAACAAGCGGCGCGACCCCGACGCGCCCAGCGUGCUGCCGGCGGGCGAGAAGAAGCGCAAGCGCACGUCCAUCGCGGCGCCCGAGAAGCGCUCGCUCGAGGCCUACUUCGCCGUGCAGCCGCGGCCCUCGGGCGAGAAGAUCGCCGCCAUCGCGGAGAAGCUCGACCUCAAGAAGAACGUGGUGCGCGUGUGGUUCUGCAACCAACGCCAGAAGCAGAAGCGCAUGAAGUUCGCGGCGCAACACUGA